AGUAGCAAGAUGGCAUUUAUUUUGUUUUUUCCAGCUGUAGCUGCCCUUGCUCUCUUUAUUGUGGGUGUCAUUAUAUUAAUAUUGCGAUUUGGGCCACGUCUUUGUGGUUUACGCCAUCACGCACUUCCCGAUAAUCAUGAAUGGGAUGAAAAAAGUUAUGAGCACGAGAUCAGUUAUGCCUGAACUAAAWUUACAAAUGCAUUAACUAAAAUUACAAUUUAUAAUUUUUAUUUUGCAUCCACUUUCCAUAUAAUACGAAUAAUUCUAAAAAU